AGUCGAACCGUGGUUCAGUCGGCCGGCGAACUCGCGUGCCGAGCCUUCGUCUCCGGAGACGUGUCUCGUCGCCGUCGCGCUCGUGAUCGGUGGUCGUGGUCCUUGCUCGUGGUCCGUGGUGUUCGAGAGAUAUUCUCGCCGGGUUUCGUCGGUGUUGGGACCGCGGCGCGAUGCAAACGCUCCUCCCGUCGGAAUCGGCUCGGCGCGCAGCGCUCGGCCCGUUCCUCGCGGCGUUCCUCGCCUGACACAACCGUGACCACGGAAUGUCCCCGUCGUCCCGCGAGCCCGAUCAUCGUCGUCAUCAUCGUCGUCCGGACAGUCGCCGAGAGAACAGAGCAGCUCGCACGAUCGUCGUCGGAUCCGCUGCCAGCGAGGAGGACACGUCGAUCGUUGGACGCGUGCGGUGCGCGUCCGCCGCGAGACCGGAUCGCCGCGAGCCCGCCGCCGAACAAUGAAGAGCUCUACGCAGGAUUAACGAAAGCCCCCCCGCCGCCCCCCGGAGUGCGCAGUGUUUGUAGCGACCUAGAGAGAGUGUUCUUAGAUGUGUUUGUAGUGCGUAGAGCUUAGCCCUCGGAAUCGUUAAGACGUGCCCAGUGGUUCCGCGAGACGCGUCGCCUCGAUACCAUCCUCCUUCGAACUCGGCGCGCGGUUCCGGACGAGAUUAUUCCCUUCGCCGCGGCGGUGUCCGCUCGAUUUCACCGCGGCCGACAGGAACAGGACAUUUUCCGCGAUCUUCUGCUUCUACCUUGGUGCCAGCAGGCGAGCCGGGAGGAGCCGCGUGGAGGAGCGGUCUUGAGCUGUUUACCUCGCCGGUGCACGCGUGCUCUCGCGAGAGCACUCGGCGUCGCGUCGCGCUCGAACCGCGUCGCCGAAAACGCCGCGGCAGUGUCCCGCGGGUCUUCGCGGGCCGGAUGGGUCGAUAGGGAAAAACUGGUGACAGGUACGAAACGGCGAAAACGACGCGUUCCGCCGCAGGUGCGACCGCGAUCGAAGGCUCCGCGUCCCGACCGACUCGCUCCGUUCCGCUUCGCACCGCUUCCCAUCGGAUCGCAUCGCUCCACGGUCCGCUUCGUCGCGGCAAAGAGGGACAGGAGGAACGCGAUAAACGCGGAGAAUCGCGAGAAGAAGACUCGCGAGGCCGGUGUUUCGACGAUACUUCGGGGCGCAGCGGAGACCCGCCCGGCAGGGCGCAUCGCGGAAGUAGAAGGACAACGGGUGUGUUAAUUAAAGAGCAGAGGCGAGGGGGAGGGAGAGGAAGAGCCGGCAGACUAACAGAUCGGUAGUCGCUCGCCUAACUAACAACGCCUCGUGCCUCGACUGUCCACUAACCGUCCCCGAAACGAUGAGCCCGGUCUCGUAAAGAGGCCACACAAAGAGAGCAAGAAAGCGUUGGAGAGAGAGAGAGAGAGAGAGAGAGAGAGCUCGAAAGAGAGCUCUAGAGAGAAAGGAAGAUAGACAUACAAUAAGUCCAACGUGAUCUCUCGGAAUCGCGGCCGAUCCAGGUUGGAUCGUGGUGACCAAGAGAGACAAAGAGAGAGAGAGAGAGAGAGCAAUAAAGAGAAAGAGGGAGAGAGAGAGGAAGAGAGAGCGGUCGUCGUUGGUCGUUGAUCUCGCGGGAUCGAUCAUGCGAAUUACUGAAGAUGCGCAGGACGAGCAGCAACGGUUUGAAGCUCGACCUAACAGAGAACACUCCAGGUAGCUCGUUGUCGAGGCUGCCGAACUUAGUCGAGCAUGCGGAGACCUGUCAGGCACUGUCCGCCGGAACCGGUGAGAAUUUAAGCAGCAAACUGCCGAACGUGGUCGAGGGCUCGAUGGACUAUGGUAGCGAGCGUAGAUCCUCCCGGUACCUCGAGUACCAAGACACGAAACCUUAUCAGGAUCCCCAGCCGGGCACCGGAUUGCCGGCGUACGAGCAGCCGGGCUACCACGAGCCGCCGAGGACCGGCUACAGGGGCUACGAGCGGAACCCGUACGACAGAGAGGAUAUUGACCGAUACGAUAACAGAAUUUAUCCGGAGGACGGGCUGAGGUACGAUCGUCGCGGGGAUCAACGAACGUACCAGGAGUCGGACUUGGACGCGCCUUACGAGAGGAGCGAUGCCCAGAAGCUCAGCAGGGCUUAUCCGGCGGAGCUGCAGGAGCCCGGCAGGCGGUACUCCCGCGAUUUGACCGAUUACGAGUACGCGUCCCGGUACGCCGAGGAGACGCUGAAGCUCGAGCCGAAGAAGGACCACCAUCACCAUCACGCCGCCGGCAAGGGGUACGAGCCGGCCCCGUCGAAGGGCUACGAGUCCGGCGUGAAGACCCACGACUCCGCUUACGAGCUGUCCUGCGCCGGCCAGCAGGCCAAGUACCACUCCGUCAACAAGAUGUACGGCACCCUGCCCAGGUACGAGACGGCCAAGUCGUACGAGCACAGACCGUACGAGUACGACGAGCAGGCCACCUACGACACGAACGGCAAGCCCGGCUACGACGCCAAGUACGAUCUGACCACGUCGAAGAGCUACGAGCGAGCCAAGUACGACUGCUCGUCGUCCUCGAGGUACCAGGACAAGUCGUACGAUCAGACCCUGAAGAUCGGCGAGCUGGGCUCCGCAUCGUCCGCCGCCGGUUACGCGAGAAAGGCGCAGGAUCAGGAGGAGACCAACGCCGAGAAGAUGAACGGCUAUCGGAAGAACAACUUCGAGUCUUACGGCGUCUAUUCGGAUCCCGAGGACGACCACGGAUUCCUCGCCGAGAAGAAGACGCCGCAGUAUCCGUACAAAGGGGUCGUCGUCAAUGUCAGCGGCGAGUCGAGCGUGAUCGAUCAGAAACGGGUCACCGCCGGCAGGCAGACCGAGAUGCCCGGAAAUCCGUGGUGCAGGCCCACCAUUCUGCUCCUGCUGCUGGUCCUGCUGGUCGUCAUCUUCGUCUUCGUCGCUGGGAUACUUUUGUACCUAAACUACAUGUCCUACAAGCCACAGCGACCUGUUAUCGAGGGUAAGGACCCAAAUUUCGCCAGUAAUAACACGGAGCUCUGCGAGAAGACGUAUUGUUCCUGGGGAGCGACGUGCGUCGUGUUGGAGAGCGGAAAACCUUUGUGUCAGUGCCCGACCGUUUGCCCUCUGACCUCCGAUCCUGUCUGCGGCUCCGACAACGUGACCUACACCAACUACUGCCACCUUAGACAGACCAGCUGCCUCAAAAGAAAAAGUACACGUGUGCAGCACCAGGGCGCUUGUGAGAUCAAGGACCCCUGCGCGAAGCUGAACUGCACCCUAGGUUCCCAAUGCGUACGAAGUAGGGACGGCACCGAGGCCUCCUGCGAAUGCUUGGAAUCCUGCCCGAAUUUAGGGGAUCACGAGGGAUCAGGUCCUGUCUGCGGUACAGAUUGGAUCGACUAUCCGUCUCUCUGCGAGCUAAACAGAGAGGCCUGCGCGAAGGGUGCUAAUAUCACUGUGGCAUUCCAGGGAAAAUGCGAUCCCUGCAGAAACGUGGAGUGCGUAGAACCGGAAAUCUGUCAGCUGGACGACUCGAGGCAGCCGGCCUGUCGUUGCGGCGAGCAGUGCGGCCUCGAGUUCUCGCCGGUUUGUGGAAGCGAUGGUAAAACAUACUCGAACGAGUGUAGCCUCAAGCAGGAGGCCUGCAGAUCCAGAUUGUCGCUCAGGAAGGUGUACAACGGCGCCUGCGACUCAGGAAUCAAUCCGUGCGACGAGGCGAAGUGCAGCCCGUACGAGCAGUGCGUGAUUAACCGGCAAGGGAUCGCGAGCUGCGAGUGCGGCCCGGAAUGCGAGCCGGUGAUGAGACCGGUCUGCGCGAGGGGUGGCAAAACGUACACGUCCCUCUGCGAGCUGAAGAGGCAGGCCUGCUUGACGAAGACCAGCAUCGAGGUCGCCUACACUGGAACCUGCGGGUCUAGGGGACCCUGCUCCGAGAAGAUUUGCCAGUGGGGCGCCAUUUGCGCGGAGACCGGCAGCACCGCGAUCUGCGAGUGUCCGACCUGUCCGGCGGAGUUUCAACCUGUCUGCGGCGACGACGGCAUCAGCUACGGGAACGAAUGCAAGCUGCGCCUCGAGGCUUGUCAACAUCGUCGGGAGAUCCACGUGCUUUACCAAGGACUCUGCAAUGAAUGCGAGAACAAGAAGUGCGACUACUAUGCCAAGUGCGAGACCGACAGUGCUGGGGAAGCGAAAUGCGUCUGUCCCAGCAAGUGCGAGAGUUCGGGCAAAGAACCGGCGGAAGCGGAGAAGGUAUGCGGCUCAGACGGGAAAACCUACGCCAAUGAAUGUUCAAUGAAGGUAGCUUCAUGUAAAUCUCAGACCCAGAUCUCCGUCAGCUACAUAGGAGAUUGCGAACUCUGCACCCGCGUCGAGUGCGAAUACGGGGCGCAUUGCAUGGCGGGGGUGUGCGUGUGCCCGGAAGAAUGCCCGGAGAUCACGGAGAAGCCCGUGUGCGGCAGCGACGCCAAGAACUACCCCUCGGAGUGCGAGCUGCAGAAGGCGGCCUGCGGCAGGGACCCGAAAUUGCCGGUCUUGCACGUGAUAUUUUACGGCGACUGCGGCGACCGAUUUGCUGUGGCAGCAUUGACAACGAUGUCGACGCCCGCUGUGGUCCGAUUGGCCACCACUGCAGUUGACGUGACCAACACCCAGGGCCGCGAGGACUGCAAGAACAUCAACUGCGACUUCGAGGCUACCUGCGAGCUGGGCCCGGACAACUAUCCGAGGUGUAGCUGCAAGUUCGACUGCGCCUCGAUCUCCCCCGAAAACAUGCGACCGGUUUGCGGCAGCGACCUAAGGACCUACCCGUCCCUGUGCGCCAUGAAGAUGGAGGCUUGCCAAAGGCAGCAGGAGCUAAGAACCAGACCCAUCGAACUUUGCCAAGGCAUGGAAGUGAAGCCCUGCAACGGCGAUCCCCCGAUCGUGGACGAAGAAGGGAAAGAAUACGAUUGCGGAAACGGACCAGAACGAAGAGACUGCCCAAGUAACAGCUACUGCCACCAAACCACGCGAAUCGCUCGAUGCUGCAGAAAAGCUCAAGAAACCCAAGUGGUGAAAUGCUCGGACUCCUGGCACGGAUGCUGCCCGGAUGGAAAGACUGCCGCACGCGGACCCAACGGCGCAGGUUGCCCAAGUUUGUGCAACUGCAACAGGUGGGGCAGUGUCUCCGACACUUGCAACCCGGAGACCGGCCAAUGCGAGUGCAAACCUGGCGUCGGUGGCCUGAAAUGCAACAGUUGCAUGCCGGGCUAUUGGGGACUGUCCAAGAUCAGCAAGGGCAAUCAAGGAUGCAUACCGUGCGGCUGCUCGCUGUUCGGCUCCGUCAGAGAGGACUGCGAACAGAUGUCGGGCAUCUGCAUUUGCAAACCGGACAUGGCUGGCCACAAGUGCACGAUGUGCACUGAUCACAAGAGUAUAUUAACACCGACCGGUUGUUAUCCAGUGGAUACGAUACCGCCGAUACCGACGUCCUGCGACAAGCUGGAAUGUUAUUCCGGCGCCCACUGCUCGGAGAUCGGUGGCCCGCACUGCGAAUGUCUGUCGUCCUGUCCAUCGGACAUACCGUUGGUCCCGGUUUGCGGUACCGACGGACAGACAUACGACAACGAAUGCGAACUAAGGCUCUACGCUUGCCGCCAUCAGGCGGACGUGGUCGCGCAGGCCUUCGGCCACUGCAAAGACAACCCGAUGGUGAACACGGACUACCCGGUUAGGAACUACACGACGGUGCAAUACACCCAGCCAGCGGCCGCCAUUUCGCCAUUAUCAAAAUCUACCAGGCAUCUGCUGGUGCCGGAACCGGAUCCACGCUAUUAUUACACUCACCGGGCCCAUCAGGAAACCAUCUCGAUCGACAGAGACAAUUUAAAACACGGCGCGGCAGCCGCUUACAGACCGACCCCGGCGACAAUCCGCGUGGUCACCGCUUUGCUCGGUGAUCUCUGCACCGACGACAAGGACUGCACCAUCCCGAACAGCGAAUGCUCGAACGGCGGGUGCAUCUGCUCCGAGGGCUAUGCCGAGACCAGCGACAGACAGGAAUGCUUUGCUAAUUACGUGCCGGUCACACCGACCGAAGAAUUUCGUGCCUGCCUGUCGUAUCCGUGUCACGCGACAUCGACCUGCAUCGAUCUGCCGAGCGCGACGUUCGUCUGUAUCUGCCGGCCGAAUUACACCGGGCUAUUAUGCGACGAGGAGAUCAACAAAAGGGAUUACGAGGUGCCGUCGUUCGACGGGAAGAGCUACGUAAGGAUGAGCCGGCUGAAAGCUUACCACAAGUUCAGCGUCGAGGUGGAGUUCAAGACGUACGCCGACAAUGGGAUUAUACUUUACAACCAACAGAAGAGCGACGGAACCGGGGAUUUCGUGUCGUUGGCCAUCGUCGACGGGCACGUGCAGUUUCGAUACAAUUUGGGAAACGGUCUGGUGAAUCUAACUUCUCCUGAGAGGGUCACUAUGAAAACGUUCCACCGUGUGGCAGCUAAGAGGUACCACAAGGACGGUGUCCUGAUUUUCAAUGACGGCGAGGACGUAGUCGGUCAGAGCCAGGGAAUGCUGAAGUUGCUGGACUUGAACCAGAACACGUACAUCGGGAACAUGCCCACAAACUUCUCCAAGGUGUACGACAACAUCGGCACGAAUCACGGUUUCCUCGGCUGCAUCCGGAUGCUGAAGAUCAACAGGAACUUCGUGGACCUGCACGUGGGCCACGACAAGGACAUCCUGGAGACCUAUCGCGUGAAAGAGUGCGGCGAGAAUGCGUGCGCGAAUCUGCCGUGCCAGAACGGCGCAACCUGCCAGCCGAUCUUCGAAGAGGAUCUUUGCGACGGCCGCGAAUGCAGGAGGAUCGAGAAACACGGGAAGAACGGCAAGGGCAAGAACAGCGUGAACAUCGUCCGGUGCAAAGGGUCGCAUUGCACCACGAUCGAUCAGCGUAGAUCGAAGAAGAACAUGAACAAGCGGUGCGCGACGGCGAAGUGCGACUACGAUUACGAGAUCGGUUAUGAGACCAAUUACGAGCACGGCAAUUACGCGGUCGAGAAAUACGAUCCACCGGAAUACAGGUGCAUCUGCCCGCCGCAGUUCACUGGCCGAAAUUGCGAGGAAUCGCUGGAUCCUUGCAUCGGCGAGCCAUGCCAGCACGGCGCCACGUGCGAUAUCCUGCCCCAAGGUGGAUACGUCUGCAAAUGCACGCCUGGACGGACUGGGGAGCAUUGCGAGAUUUUGGACGCGGAGCUGACGGAAUUGUUGGUACCCGAAAUGUCCGGAGAUGGUUUUCUGGAGCUGCCGUGCCUGGACGGUGUAGCGAAAGCGUUCUCGAUCGAGCUGUGGUUCCUCACCCGCGACCCGGCCGGUUUGCUGCUUUACAAUGGCCAACUGAACAACGGCCGUGGUGAUUUCAUUAGUCUGAACCUGAUCCACGGCAGAUUGGAGUUCAGAUUCAAUCUUGGCAGCGGCAUCGCUAAUAUCAGUUCGCCGGAUCCGGUUACCCUCGACACCUGGCAUUGCGUUCGAAUCAGCAGACUCGGCAGAGAAGGUGUUCUCCAAUUGGACGACGGGACCGUCGCCAGAGGACUGUCCGGGAGUCCUUUGACGGAGCUGAAUUUGCAAAUGCCGCUUUACGUUGGAGGCGUCAAGCAUUGGCGAGAGGUUCAUCGUCUGGCAGGCGCUUGGAAAGGAUUAAACGGUGCAGUUCAAAGGUUGAUGGUGAACGGGAAGACGUACCAGAAUCUAGCAGUGAACGUUACUCAACACAACACAGAGAUUUACGACGGCCCGCCGUGUCCGAGCAACGAGAAUCCUUGUCACAAUGGUGGAGUGUGUUUACCACUUUUGAAUAGCUAUCUGUGCAAGUGCGCCAGCGGCUACAAUGGCCUCCACUGUGAAUUCUUCAUGGGUUACGACGUGUCCACCGAAUUGGUCGAGAGGCCGGUCCGCUUCAACGGCGACAACUUCCUGAAGUUUCGACACCGUAACGGAAGAAGUACUAACUCGACUAACACUACCCUCGGCGAGUACUUUGAGGAGUCCUCCUACUCCGACUACGACUUGGAGGAGGACGUCGACUACGAGUACGACAGUGACGAUAUCACGGAACGCAGGGAACAGCAGUCGAACAAGUUCGAACUUAGACUGAGAACGACGCAUCCGGACGGUUUGAUCGCUUGGAUCGGAAGAGGGAAAGUUGAACAUCUCAAGCUGUCGCUGGACGGUGGACAGGUGGUCCUCGAGUACAAGAGCAAAGCCGAGCAUGUGUCUCUGAUGAGCAGGGAGCGCGUGGACGACGGCAUGUUCCACCACAUCCGCGCGUCGAGGCGGAAGCGCGCGACGACGAUACAGAUCGACGACCUGAACCCGGUGAAGGUGACGACGGAGGCCACGUUCCUGACGACGAACGGCAAGCUGUUCGUCGGCGGGAAGCCGGACUACCUCGGGAUCAGGGGCUGCGUGUCGGACUUCGUGGUGGACAAACGGCGGCUUCAGCUGGCCAGGCGGAAGAUCGAGCACUGUCACGACAACGACGUAUGAUAACGAACCCCGGAAACGACGAUCGUCAACGUGACGUCGCCCCCGGCCACCCUCGCCGACUGGACGCCGUCUUUGUCCUCCUCGACGAGUUAGCACCAGCCUAAAAACGUGAACGCUUUCGAGGAAACCCUUUGAGGAUGUUCCGUUCCUGACAAACCGGCGGGGAGCGGGGACGAACGGGGGAAAGAGGGAAAGACGAGAGAGAAAGAGCGAGAAAGAGAGAACGAGAGAGAGAGAGAGGGUGAGAAAGGGGGCGACGAUCGGGAGGAGUCCGGGGGACGGGAGUCGAAGAGAGAGAGAGAGAGAGAGAGAGAGAGAGAAAGAGAGAGAGUGGAAGCAAGAGAUGGCGGACGGUGGCGGAACCGAGGACGGUAGGGCGGUCACGUGAUUCCUGCCAAAGUCGUACGAAAGGGAACUCCGAAGUGAGCGACGAAUCGUGCCAUGCAUGGGAAGGAUAUUUAUUUUCGUUCGAGUAUAGAAUAGUGUAAAAUACGGGCGGCCGCCGCGCCCGUCCGGAUCGUUCAGCGACCGACCGACCGACCGAUCGUCCCAGCGGCGAACGAAGAGGACGGACCUAUAUAAUUAAUGGAGCAUCGCGUUAAAUGCUAACGUUCUCAUCGAAGGACAAUAAUAUAUUUUUAAGGCGACGAGAUUGAUAUACAUAUAUGAGAAUAUAUAUGUAUGUAAUAUUGUAUGAAUUAAACGCGUAUACGUGUAACGGGGCGAAGGGGGUGGGCCUGUGGGCGAGGAGCGGGAUCUUUGUGUCGGCACAACAGGAGGA